UUUUGGUGUGUGUGUGUCAACGAUGAAGUUUUUAGUUUCGCCGAACCUAAUUCGCGUUGAAGACCAUAAAUUCGGAGCAGCCAGCUGCGGAAGAAGCAGAGUUCAUGGCGGCCUCGAAGCUACAAGCCUUUUGGAAUCAUCCGGCUGGCCCAAAAACCAUUCACUUCUGGGCACCUACAUUUAAGUGGGGCAUCAGCAUUGCCAAUGUUGCUGAUUUCACGAAACCACCUGAGAAACUCUCCUACCCUCAGCAAAUAGCGGUCACAGCUACUGGACUUAUCUGGUCACGUUACAGCACUGUGAUAACUCCAAAAAAUUGGAACCUAUUUAGUGUAAAUGUCGCAAUGGCAGCAACAGGGAUAUACCAGCUCACUCGCAAAUUACAGCACGACUAUUCCUCCGAGGCAGACGCAACUGUUGCUAAAGAAUGAUGACGAAAAUCUGAGAGAAUCUGAACUUGUGAAGUUGGGUCUAGAAGCCACUCAUUUGCCCUGAUUGUAAUUUUCGGCUGUGGAAUUAUUGGCGAUGGGAAGGCUCUUGAAUUUUCUGUCGUUUCAUUCUUGUUUAUAGUUUAUUGAAAAAUAAGGUAAACUCAAUGCCACAGGUACCUUAUUGGUAGUACCUGUGGCUAGAUGUUUGAAAAUCAGAUGCUAAGAUUUUCGAACAUUCUCUUCAUUCACUAACUAUUCGAGAUGUGUUUAGUAGAA